ACUCUGUAUCUAUCUAUCUAUCUAUCUAUCUAUGAUUUUCUUCCAUUUUAUUUUCCUUCUAUUCUGCUUGGUUUUUAGCUGCCUCUAUAUAUUACCAAUGUUACUCUAUCAUUUUCUCUGUCCUUAGACCCAUAAAAAUCGAUAACAACUAUUCCUUCCUGUUAUUGCAAGCGCCGUUUGCUAUUCCAUUGUCCGAAACAUAGAAAAGGCGUCGUCUUUGGGCUGAAUCCGGUCUGGAAGCAGGCCCGGACGGCAAAAAAUGGCGACUUGGAGACGUUCUCUCGGUGAUCUCUGCAAAUGGUGGGAGAUUUGUGUUUGAUCCGUUGUUUCUUGGCAAAAAGAAGGGAUCUUUCUAGCAAUGUAAAGGAUACUUUUUGUUCCUUCCCCGCUUCCUUGGAUUUUUUUGACUGGGUCUUCAAUUUUGGUGGAGAUUGUUGUGGGUGGUAAUCUCCUUCUUGACAAAUUUGAGUUGGUUGUUCUGAAAGUGAUGGAUCGAGUUAUUCUUCUUCUUGGGUAUAAUUUACUCUCGGGAUAGCUCUAUUAGAUCGUUCUUGUUGUAGCGGGGAAGGGAAAAAGGAGUGAUUUUUACCCUUUGGUUCUGUCGGAUCUGUCGUCGGUUCUAGGAGAUUAUGGGAUUUCUUGGAAUCAUGGGGAAUUCCUUCGGGUGCUCCGCAUCAGGGGAGCGUCUGGUCUCGGCGGCGAGAGAUGGAGAUCUGCAGGAGGCCAAAGCCCUCUUGGAAUACAAUCCCCGGCUUGCCCGGUAUUCAACCUUUGGCGUUCGGAAUUCGCCCCUUCAUUACUCUGCAGCUCAGGGCCACCAUGAGAUUGUCUCUCUUUUGAUCGAAUCUGGAGUUGACAUUAAUCUAAGGAAUAUACGAGGACAGACUGCACUGAUGCAAGCUUGUCAAUAUGGUCAUUGGGAGGUUGUUCAGACUCUAAUUCUCUUCAAAGCUAAUAUUCACAGAACAGAUUAUCUCAAUGGUGGAACAGCUCUCCACUUUGCAUCUCUAAAUGGCCACACACGUUGCAUCCGUCUUCUCCUUGCCGACUAUAUUCCUAGUGCACCAAACUUUUGGAAUAUGAUGAGGGGAAAAUCAACCCGAGAGUCUUCUACUCCUGACUUUGACAAGAGUGCCUUGUCUAAGUUCGUUAACCAAAAGGCAGAUGGAGGAAUCACGGCCCUUCAUAUGUCAGCACUAAAUGGGCAUGCAGAGUCAGUGCACUUACUAUUGGAUUUGGGUGCUUCUGUUUUUGAGGUCACAGUGGAAGAUGGGUCAACAAUUGACCUGAUAGGUGCUGGAAGCACACCACUUCAUUAUGCUGCUUGUGGUGGAAAUGCUGUGUGUUGUCAAGUUCUUAUUGCCAGAGGAGCUAGCUUGACUGCUGAAAAUACAAAUGGCUGGACUCCUUUAAUGGUAGCCCGUUCAUGGCAUCGAAAUUGGAUUGAGGGCAUUCUAAGUAAACGACCUGAUGGUCGUAUAAAGAUUCUUCCUUCCCCAUACUUAUCUCUUCCCCUCAUGAGCAUCAUAAGGAUUGCUAGAGAAGUUGGUUGGAGGGGCACAAAUCAGUCACCUGCAUGCAUCGAUCCAUGUGUUGUUUGCUUGGAAAGGAGAUGCACGGUAGCUGCUGAAGGAUGUAAUCAUGAGUUCUGCACCAGAUGUGCCCUUUACCUGUGUUCCACCAAUAGCACGUCCACUGUCGUGCCAGGUCCACCAGGAUCAAUACCAUGCCCCCUUUGCCGGCACGCUAUUGUCUCAUUUUUCAAGAUUCCUGGGAUGAGCCCGAUCAGGGAGCUGCCGCGAACAAGCUUAUCCUUAUCUCUGUGUGCUACGUGUCCAGCUGUGGAUGGAUCAGAUUCUACCGCUUCCAUGGCUACUCAGCUCUGCAAGCCUGACUUCCAUUGCACACGGGUGCCACCUCUGGGUUCCUCUUCUUUCAGGUCAUUGAGCUGUCAAAGGUUUCCCUCCAUGAAGCUCCACUCCAUGCUCUGCAUGGGAGUUCCUGAGACAAGCCCAUGCCUAAUAAGAUGCUGCAGGUCCGGGUCCAGUUUGAGACGAUCGGCUUCUCAGCGGGAGAGCAGCACCAGAUCAUGUCUUUUUGCCUUCAGCCCCAUCGUCGACACUUCUGACGGCAGCUAAAUUUCUCGACACAUUUCUGAUGCUCUCUGCACCCAGUGCUGAUGAACUUGUGGGUUCAUCUGUACGUGUCAUGGUUCUGUAAAAUGAAGAAUCAUGUGCUUUUGUCAUGCUGUAUAUCCUUGAUUGUAAGGAUGGUUUGUCUUGUUUCAUUUUCCAGCUCCUAUUGUAAUCGAAACAAGUCUGGUUGUUUGGAGUCCCAAGUUGUUUCUAUCCAUCCACCUACCAAAUUCAAAUGCAAUCAUCCAAAAUUUUCCUGCUA